UCCUGAGAGAGAUGCAAUAUGGCUGCCUCCACCCCGAGCCGGUGUUGUUUUCCUGCAGCAACAGCGCUGCUUCUUUUCUUGAGCCGCUGCAGUUUAGCGCUCGGUCAUGGAAUGCAGGAUCAAGCAGAACAAUUUUUUAGAAGUGGACAUACAAACAACUGGGCAGUUCUGGUGUGCACAUCUCGAUUCUGGUUCAACUAUCGCCAUGUGGCCAAUACUCUUUCAGUUUACAGAAGCGUCAAGAGACUUGGCAUUCCUGAUAGUCAUAUAGUCUUAAUGCUAGCAGAUGAUAUGGCCUGCAAUCCGAGAAAUCCAGCUCCAGCCACUGUGUUUAGUCACAAAAACAUGGAACUGAAUGUCUAUGGAGAUGAUGUGGAAGUGGAUUACAGAAAUUAUGAGGUUACUGUGGAAAAUUUUUUGAGAGUGUUAACGGGCCGAAUCCCAGCAAGUGCACCUCGCUCCAAACGUUUGCUUUCUGAUGACAGAAGCAAUAUUCUCAUAUACAUGACAGGUCAUGGUGGGAAUGGUUUCUUGAAAUUUCAAGAUUCUGAAGAAAUCACAAAUGUAGAACUCGCUGAUGCCUUUGAACAAAUGUGGCAGAAAAGGAGGUACAAUGAAUUGCUGUUUAUCAUUGAUACAUGCCAAGGAGCAUCCAUGUACGAACGGUUUUAUUCUCCAAAUAUAAUGGCUUUGGCUAGCAGCCAAGUUGGAGAAGAUUCACUUUCUCAUCAACCAGAUCUUGGCAUUGGAGUCCAUUUGAUGGAUAGAUACACAUUUUACGUCUUGGAAUUUUUAGAAGAAAUUAAUCCAGCUAGCCAGACCAAUAUGAAUGACCUGUUUCAGGUGUGCCCUAAAAGUUUAUGUGUGUCAACACCUGGACACCGGACAGAUCUCUUUCAGAGAAAUCCUGAUAAUGUCUUGAUAACUGAUUUUUUUGGAAGUGUACGGAAAGUGGAGAUUACAACUGAGACAGUUUCUCUGGAUCCUAAUUUAGCACCUGCAGAGACAAGGCCUGCUACGGAUGAAGUAGCAACGGAACCUUUAAAAUAUGCAGAACAACUUCCAGUAGCACGAAUAAUACACCAGAAACCAAAACAAAAGGACUGGCAUCCUCCCGGAGGCUUUAUUUUAGGACUGUGGGCUCUGAUUAUCAUGGUCUUCUUUAAAACCUAUGGAAUCAAGCACAUGAAGCACAUCUUUUAGAACUUCAAAACAACCACGUUUGCACUGUGAAUGCCUCCAUACCAGAAUAUAUUUGAACGGAUAAAGUGCUGAACUUGUCUGCUUGGAAUAUUUUGUCAUGUUAUGCUCCGUUUCUUAAAAUGAGCUUUAAUUUUUUUUAAAAAACUUAUUUUUUCACCUUUAAAACAGCUGUUGAACAUUGGUUCAGAAUACAAUGUAAUUUCGUAAAAGGGCUGAGGUUAUCGACUUGGAGCUUUCCACCUGCAAGACUCCACUGGAAAAACAAAUCACUGUUGUGUACAAACAAGGCCUCUGAAAGGACACAGACAUGAUUUCAGUUAAGAAACCUCUUUCCUUCAAGGUCACUGCAACUUGGUGUACGAUAUAAGGAAGCAUCACGGAUGCUACCAUGAAAACAGAUUCUAAGUAUAUUGUUAAAAGUGGCAAUGCUGCUGAUAUCUUGGAGAAACCCUGAAUCGGAAGUGUUCCUUGUCUUUGUCGCAUCAGGAAUGACACCGUUUAUCAUUUUCAUUAUGUAGAGCAGCAGAUGAGUAGCCUUUAUUUUUAUAAUAGGCAAGAAUCUCUGUUAUAGAAAAGAAUGAUUGGGUCAAACAGUGGGAGGAAACAGAUGAAUGCAGAGGAAACUCUAGACUUUUUAUUUAAAUGUUUUAAAAUCAAUAAACAUCUUCUGAGCUGUACUGAAAAA